AUGAUCGAGGCCGCUGCCUUAGCAGGAGCCAACAUCGUCUGUUUGCAAGAGACCUGGAUGAUGCCAUUUGCCUUCUGUACUAGAGAACGACUACCAUGGACGGAAUUUGCCGAAUCUGCAGAACAUGGACCGACGACGAAAUUCAUCUCAGAGGUACGGGCAAAUUACUAA